CGAAGAUUUCAUCGAUCUUCGCCUCUGAAAGUCUUCGAAACUUUUGUCUUCAAGUCGAAAGAUCUCGCCUCCGCACAGAUCCCAAAAUGGCCAACGACUAUUACAAGUACGACCCUUCGCUUCCUGCGGCAAUUAUCUUUACAGCCUGCUUUGGUCUAUCCGCAAUUGGCCAUGCCUUUCAGAUCUUAAAGACGCGAACAUGGUACUUCAUCCCAUUCUUCAUCGGCUGUCUUGUUGAGAUCAUCGGUUAUGCUGGACGCUCGAUCAAUGCUACCGAGACCCCUAAUUGGUCAAGAGGUCCAUACAUCAUCCAAGCUCUACUGUUGCUUCUUGGACCUCCUUUCUAUGCAGCAUCGAUAUACAUGAUCUUCGGACGAUUGAUUACACUGCUUGAUGCCGAGAAACACUCGCUCAUUCGAGUCAAGUGGAUUACCAAGCUGUUUCUCCUUGGAGACAUCAUAUCGAUUUUCGCUCAAGCUAUUGGUGGCGGCUCUCUUGCGGGUGCUGAUACAAAGGCGCAGAAGGAUCGUGGGCAGAUGAUCAUCAUCAUUGGCUUGGCCAUUCAGAUUGCUUUUUUCGGGUUCUUCAUGGUUGUGACCGCCUUGUUCCACUACCGUAUCAAGCGUGAACCCACCUCGAGGAGUUUGUCGGUGUCGACCCCUUGGCCAAAGCUACUAAUGGUUCUCUAUGGAACAAGCUUGCUCAUCAUGGUCCGAUCCCUGUUCCGAGUUAUCGAGUAUGUCAUGGGAGAAGAUGGGGAACUUCAGUCGAAGGAGGUGUACCUUUACAUCUUUGAUGCCCUUAUGAUGCUGGUUGUGUCGGGGGUUUUCAACUGGUUCCACCCUUCCCGGAUUAUCAACAAGUCACAUGGCGAAAUCGUUCCCAACUCGGACUCCGAGAAUCAGCUCGUAAGAAAGGGUCUGCAUUUACCUUGCUAA